AUGAGCAAUUUAACGACGCCAUCCCUGAAAAAGUUUAUCGGCAUGGGAGAAUGGGAACAACGACUUGCCAAAGUCAAAGUGAACAAGCAAGAUCUCAAUCAACUGGUGAUGAAUUACCUUGUAGUGGAAGGUUACAAGGAUGCCGCACAACAGUUUAGCUUGGAAAGCGGGUUAACACCUUCGGUGGAUCUUCAAUCCAUUCAGGAUCGUAUGGAUAUUCGUCAUGCUAUUCAAUCGGGAGACGUAGACACUGCCAUUGAUCUUGUCAAUGAUCUGAACCCCGAAAUUCUAGAUACCAAUCCUCAGUUGUUCUUUCACUUGCAGCAGCAGCGAUUGAUUGAAUUGAUUCGCAAGGGAGAGUAUGAGGCUGCUUUAGAGUUUGCGGCCGAGGAAAUGGCGCCUCGUGGAGAGGAACAUCCCGAGUUCUUGGAAGAAUUGGAACGAACAAUGGCUUUGCUUGCCUUUCAGGAUAUCCAGGCAUCGCCUGUAUCUGACUUGCUUCAUCCUGGUCAACGUCAAAAAACGGCCGGCGAACUCAACGCGGCGAUUCUCAUGAGCCAGUCAAGAGAGAACGAACCAAGAUUACCGAAUCUCCUGAAAAUGCUAGCGUGGAGCCAAGAACAACUGGAUGAAAAAGCAGAGUAUCCACGCAUUGAAGAUUUCGUCAAAGCCGAUUUGGUGUUGCGUGACAGUGACGGAAAUAUCGUGGUCGGUGAGAACCAGACGGCACCCACACCGACUCCUUUGUAA